AAUAUUUGCUUGGGCAAAUCCAUCGGCUCCUCGCCUCUCACUCUGGCCAUGAUUCCACAAUCUCAGGUGUAUUAUAGCUCGCCAUCGUUGAAAAUCAAAUAGCCAGCCAGCAGCCCCGCCUUUGACUCCAUUCAUUAUCUACUUUGCCUCUGCAGCUUUCAAUCACCGGAAACAACUGCUUUUGCCUCCAAAAAUGGCCUCUCUCCACCUCAACUUCCCCUCUUCUUCUCCUCCUUCACCACUCCUCCGUUCUCCUCUUCCUUCUAAACUCAAAACAUCCCUCCUUUAUCUUCCUCUUUUUAGUCCUACUGCCUCUAGGUCUCUCUCUCUCCGCUUCCGCUCCAAUCAUCGCCGCCCCGGCCGCCCUUUUCAUCUGGUUUCUGCCGCCCUCUCCGCUGUUGACUCGCCAGAGACUACCAGUUCUGACGGCAGUGAUUCUGAGAAGAAACCGCUGCUUGAGGUUAAAAAUUUAACGGCAGUCAUUGCUGAAACCAAUCAGGAGAUUCUUAAGGGAGUAAAUCUUGUUGUCCAUGAAGGAGAGGUUCAUGCGGUUAUGGGAAAGAACGGUUCUGGGAAGAGCACAUUUUCUAAGGUGCUGGUUGGUCAUCCAGAUUAUGAAGUGACUGGAGGCAGUGUUAUGUUUAAAGGGGAGAACUUGCUUGACAUGGAACCAGAGGAAAGGUCUCUUGCUGGGCUUUUUAUGAGCUUCCAAUCGCCAGUUGAGAUCCCAGGAGUGAACAAUAUUGACUUUCUUAAUAUGGCAUACAAUGCUCGCAGAAGAAAACUUGCUCUGCCAGAGCUUGGACCAAUUGAGUUCUAUGCUUACCUGUUUCCGAAACUUGAGCUAGUGAACAUGAAGAGUGACUUUCUUAACAGAAAUGUAAAUGAAGGAUUUAGUGGUGGUGAAAGGAAGCGCAAUGAGAUUUUGCAACUUGCGGUUCUCGGUGCAGACUUGGCAAUGUUAGAUGAAAUUGAUUCUGGCUUGGAUAUCGAUGCACUCAAAGAUGUUGCAAAAGCAGUGAAUGGGAUCUUGACUCCAAAGAACUCUGUUUUGAUGAUUACCCAUUAUCUACGACUUUUGGAAUUCAUUCAGCCGACAUAUAUCCAUAUCAUGGAGGAUGGCAGAAUUGUAAAGACGGGGGAUAUCUCUAUUGCAAAGGUUCUUGAAAAAGAAGGCUACAAAGCAAUCUCCCCCUCUUAACUGCAGGACAAUUAUAAUAGAAAAUGGCGGUGGUGUUGACUUUACAGUGUGUGAAGACAGUACACAAGGGACAGUACUGGCUAUUAUAAUCCAUAUCCUUUAUUGCUAGAAAAUACCUAAGGUAUGCCUGCUCAAGGAUGCUGAUUUAGAUUUUAAAUUGGAUGUUUUAAAAUUUACAAGGAAGAAGAGGGAAUAAAGGGGGAAGGCGAAAGUAGGGUAGAGAUAAAGAAGAACACUUUUUUAAUGGAAUAUAAUAGAAAUGGCAUUGUUUAUUUUGAUUCUCUCUCAUGUAAACUUUUUAGUAGCAUGAUUCUUUAAAUUAGUAUAUUUGAUCUGGUUAUACAUGAGAUAUCAUGCGACUCAAGAAAAGUGGGCAAAUUUUGUUUUUGAACAAUUCAUAUAAAUCCCUAGGAAAAGGUCUGUGACCAGGUUAGCCCCUAAUAUAUAAGAAAACAUUAAAAGUUUUCAAUUAGUAUUAUGUUCUUGCUAAGCUAGGAUGGCUUUAGGUAAUAUAGUGCUCCUGUGGCUGUAUAAACUAUUCUAUUCUAUUUUAAGUAAAGCAAAUUACUUGUGAUCACUAGUAAAUAUAUGAGGCUAUGAGUUGAGUUUACAGCCCUUCAUUCUUCCAUCUUGUUAGAGGACUUGGGACCUUACAACAAAUUUGAUUUAGUAUCGGGGACGGGGAUUGUAGUUGAUGAAAUUCAAAAUGACACCUACUUUUAUAUAGCCUCAUCUUUACCACUAAGCUACGACACCGGUUUGAAACAAUUUGUUAGUUGGUCCAAAAGAGCAUAUAAAAUGUGUGUAAAAGGGGUAAUCUUUCUAUGAUGGUAGAUGAACCUCAGAUGUUUUUAUUGCCUCAUUCUCGCAGAUUCAUUUGCUUCACAGGGCAGGAAAGAUGUGCGUGUUUUGUUUUUCCUUGAAGAAAAAUUACUAUGGAUUCUUCUCAGUUGAGAAUGAUCCUGACUUUAAUGCUUUAGGCAUUUUUCGCCUUUUCUUUCUGAUGAUUUUAAAGUGAUUUAUCUUCUUUCUGUAAUACAACAAGAAGCAAAAGAGACUUCCUGGUCAAAUUAAUGUAGUUUUCUGGAAAUUUUACGAUUAUAAUGUAGCUACGACAUUCCUUUAAAAAGAUUUGUUAUGAAAUAUUGAAGGCCAAAAAUUGCACAAUGACUUUA